AUGUCCAACUUCAACAUAGUCGUUCUUGCUGGUGACGGCGUCGGCCCUGAGAUUGUAGCAGAGGCCAUCAAGGUUCUUAAAGUAGUCGAGAAGACCACCGACAUCAAGUUUACCUUCCAAGAGCACCUUUUCGGAGGCUGCUCGAUAGACAAGCAUAACAAUCCUCUGACCGACGAAGCCCUCGCAGCAUGCAAAUCUGCAGAUGCCAUCAUCCUCGGCGCAGUCGGAGGGCCUAAAUGGGGAACCGGCACGGUCCGCCCAGAGCAGGGCAUCCUCAGGCUUCGCAAAGAAUUAGGCACCUUCGGUAACCUACGACCUUGCUUCUUCGCCUCGGACUCAUUGGUCGACGCGUCGCCGCUCAAGGCUGAUAUCGCACGCGGUACCAACUUCAAUAUCGUCCGUGAACUCACUGGCGGUAUAUACUUUGGCGACCGGAAGGAAGACGAGGGCGAUGGCAAGGCGAUGGACACAGAGCCCUACAGCGUAGAAGAGAUCGAGCGUGUCGUCCGGUUAGCGGGUAACCUCGCCAGCGUGGAAAACCCUCCGGUGCCAGUCUGGAGCUUGGACAAGGCCAACGUGCUCGCGACGUCACGGUUAUGGCGGAAGACGUUUGAGCGCAUCAUGAAGGAGGAAUACCCGAACCUACAAUCGGGCACCCACCUUAUUGACUCCGCUGCGAUGCUUAUGAUCAAGAACCCCCGGUCACUGAACGGCGUUAUUGUCACCAGCAACUUGUUCGGCGACAUCAUUAGCGACGAGGCGAGCGUUAUCCCCGGCAGCUUGGGUCUGCUUCCCAGCGCCAGUUUGGGCGGCAUCCCAGAUGGGAAGACGCGCAUCAACGGUAUCUACGAGCCUAUUCACGGCUCUGCACCCGACAUUGCAGGAAAGGGCAUCUGCAACCCCGUUGCAACCAUCCUCUCUAUCAGCAUGAUGUUCAAGUAUUCGCUAUGCCGCCCUGAAAUAUCGAAACAGAUCGAUGAAGCUGUGAAGGUGGUCAUUGACAAGGGCAUCCGAACGGGCGACAUCGGCGGCAAGUCAAAUACCUCCGAGGUGGGCGACGCCGUUGCGGCAGAGCUAGAGAGUCUACUCAAGAAGUAA